AUCCAGCAUCGCCGAGUCAGACACCCGUCGUCGUUUGAGCGAAAAAAAAAGCAAAAGUGGACAACCGUGAUCUAGAUUAUUAUUGUUCUUGCAUUUGGCCGUGAAUGUGGUCCCGUUGGUUUAGAUUAUUGUGAUGUGAACACUGUGCAAGCCACGGAGGAUUCUCCAGAAACGGAAGAAAAGCAUCGGGAGUGAGCGAAAAAAAAGACGGGAAAAUGUUUAGUGGAGGAAGAGCUGAAGCGAAAUUGGUUCGCUGAUCUUUUUUUUUUUUUUAUCUUCGACGUCGUGCUGAGAAGUGAAAAGCUGCUGUCUGGAAGAUUUUUUUUUAUUUAUUACUGGUUUGCCAGGGGCGGAGGGGGUGUACUGUGUGAAGGAAGAUACAAAAGAUAGUGAUUAAAAGUGGAAGGCUCCUGUUGGUGGAACGUUCACGGAAAAUGUUCCACAAUUCAACACCGAAAUCCAAGUACCGUAGAAAAUGUCCGAUGCUGGUGGGGAAUGUUUGGAUACGUCUUUCGCUUGGCCUGAUUCUGAUCCAGUUUUGCGUGCUGGCCCUGGCAGGCGGAAGCAACUCGGGAAUCAGCAUAGGGGGCACCUCGACGGUCGGAAAAUGUUCCGAGAUCAAGUGCAUGAACGGAGGCAGCUGCAAGAAUGGAACCUGCGUAUGUCCGGAUGGCUGGCAGGGCUCGGAGUGUCAGUUUUGCGGAGGAAAAGUUAGAUUGACCGAUCCAUCGGGCAGCGUCCACGACGGUCUGGGCAAUUACUCAAUUGGCGUCAAAUGUAGCUGGCUUAUUGAUGCACGGGACCACAACAGCAUCGCAGAUAAGCUUUCGCCGGCCGGCAGCGGCAAACCAUCGGUAAUCCGGUUACAUCUGGAGGAAUUCGCAACCGAGUGCGGCUGGGAUCACCUGUACGUGUACGAUGGGGAUAGUGUGGAAUCGCCGCUGUUGGCCGUCUUCAGUGGGCUGAUGUAUAGGAAGAACUUCAGCAUUCGGCGGAUUCCGGAGGUAUUUGCGCACAGCGGAUCGGCGCUGUUGCACUUUUUCAGCGACGAUGCGUACAAUAUGUCAGGGUUCAAUAUCAGCUACGAGGUGAAUGCCUGUCCCACGAUGGAUACCUCGCUUAACUGCUCCGGGCACGGGGUGUGCGUUUAUGGUGAAUGCAGUUGCGAUAUUGGUUGGAAAGGACCGGCUUGUCACGUGGCCAUAUGUCCGAACAAUUGUUCAUCCAACCUGGGAAGAGGGGCAUGCAAUGUCAUCCAGCGACGGUGCAUUUGUGCCAAGGGGUAUGAUGGCAAUGAUUGCUCUCAGGUGCGAGCCCACGGAGUGUGGACGACGAUCACUUCGGAGGAAACGGCAGGAUUUGCCCCGCCGGGAAGUGCUUCUCACGGAGCGGCCGUUUUCCGGGAUACGUUCUACAUAAUCGCAGGCGAGAGCUACGGAAAGGCAAAGUCGCUUAUGUACAUGUAUGACUUCAAUGGGAAGGUUUGGGAAACGGCUCAUACGGACUCGAAGACCACACCGGAACUGCGGUACGGUGCUUCGACGGUCAUGUACGGCGAUAAGAUCUUUAUGUACGGUGGAGUGGUGGAAGGGAAGGGCGUUUGCGGGGAACUGUGGGCGUUUGAUGUGAGUGCGAAAAUUUGGGAGAAUAUUACUGUGAAGGCAGAGCAGUGCAACGAGACGUACGCUAUGUGUGGACCGUUAAAAUCGGCAGGACACACGGCUUCGUUGAUUUCCAACUUUGAGGGUGGCAAGAAGGGACAUUCCCAGAGGAUGGUGGUCAUAUUUGGUCAUUCGCCUCAGUUUGGAUAUCUAAAUACGGUGCAGGAGUACAACUUUGGUACCCGCGAAUGGAGAAUCGUCAAGACUAAAGGAUACCCGGUUAAAGGUGGCUACGGACAUUCUUCAGCAUACGACCCGCUGAAGGAACGCAUCUACGUUUAUGGAGGGAUUAUCUCCGAAAGCGACAGCACACAACUGUUGAGUAACAAGCUGUACAGUUACGAACCUCACAGUCGCGUUUGGACUCUGGAAGCAGCUGCUCCGACGGCGAGGUUCCUGCAUACCGCCAAUUUCAUAAGCCCUGGUUUGAUGAUGGUCUUCGGCGGUAACACACACAAUGACACGUCCCACAGCUUCGGGGCCAAGUGCUACAGCAAAGAUCUCAUGGUGUACGACGUCCUCUGCAAUUCUUGGCACGUCCAACAUAUGCCACAAGAUCUGCGGGCGGAUUUGGCCCGCUUCGGGCAUUCUGCCAUAAGCUUCGAGGAAUCCCUCUACAUUUAUGGCGGAUUCGAUGGACAGAUGAUAAACGAUAUGCUCAAAUUUACUCCGGGAAAUUGUAGGGCGUUGAACCGGUCAGAUCAGUGCUUGAAUACUCGACCAGGGUACAAAUGUAUCUGGGACAUACAGAAAAGUAAAUGCGUUCCGAUUUUGGACGUGGACAAAGGAGUCCUCUUCAGUCGGGAUCAAAUCAACUACGACAUAUGCCCGCAGGAAAGCAGAUUGGUAAUGACCCGGCAAGCGUUGCAAGAUUAUGAACACUGCAGUCAGUUGUUCAGUUGCCAAAGCUGUGUUUCCACUGCGUACGGGUGCAUGUUCUGCGGAAUCGGUAACGGUAAGGGCUACUGCGCAAAGGAAAAGUGCCCGGAUGUAUCCUAUACUUCCCGGGCAGAUUUCUACCCUACGCGGAAGCUGAAGGACUGCCAGGAAAAUGACGAACACUUUUGUGCUCAGCUACAUGGGUGCCAUGCUUGCUCGGCGUACACAUUCUGCUAUUGGGACUACGAGCAUAGCAAAUGCAAGUACAGUGAAAACAAGACCAGUGACGUGAUAAACGAUGCCCUGCCGUGUCCUCCGGCAUGCUCGGUGCUGACGACGUGUGGAAACUGUACCCAGGAGGAGUGCAUUUGGUGCCAGAAUGAACAACGGUGCGUUGAUAAAAAUGCCUACACAGCCAGUUUUCCCUAUGGUCAGUGUCGAGAAUGGACCACCGGUUCCAACAAAUGCCGUGCAGCAAGCUCAGGCAAAAGUCAGUGUGGCUUCUACAAGACAUGUGCCCAGUGCCGGGACGAUCCUGCCUGCGGUUGGUGUGAUGAUGGCUCCAUGACCGGUUUGGGCAAAUGUCUCCCCGGAGGGGACAGUGGAGCCCAUGAAGAAUUAGAAUGUCCUGCUGCUCGGUGGCAUUUCACGCACUGUCCUAGUUGCCAAUGCAAUGGUCAUAGCACCUGUCCGGAUUCCAAAACUUGCAAACAACCCUGCAAGGAUCCGAUGAUGGGACAAAACUGCGAAAAGUGCAAACCUGGUUACUGGGGCAAUCCGGUCAAUGGCGGAACAUGCCAGAAGUGUGAAUGCAACGGUCAAGCGCAGUAUUGCCACAGCGAGACGGGUAAAUGCUUCUGCAGCACCAAAGGCCUUGCGGGCGAUCAUUGCGAAAAAUGCGACGCCACCAAUCACUAUCACGGUGACCCGAGUCGCGGGUCAUGCUAUUAUGAUCUCACCAUCGAUUAUCAGUUCACGUUUAACCUCUCGAAAAAGGAGGACCGCCAUUUCACCCAAAUCAACUUCCGAAACUCACCCAUCAAAUCGGACAUCGAUGCCGAUUUCAGCAUCACCUGCUCAGUGGCAGCCAAAAUGAACAUCACCAUCCGAACGGCUGGGGGACCGGAGAAGCCGCUGUUCUUCGCCGUCAACUGCUCUACCUUCCGGUAUCGGUUCUCGAAAGCCGAACAUCACUUUGGUAUAGAGGAAAACGUAACCCUAACUACGUUCUAUGUGUACGUGUACGACUUCCAACCACCGCUCUGGAUACAGAUAGCCUUCUCACAGUAUCCGAAGCUAAACCUGCAGCAGUUCUUCAUCACCUUCUCCACAUGCUUCCUGCUCCUCCUACUGAUGGCGGCUAUCCUGUGGAAGAUUAAGCAACGCUACGACAUGUUCCGCCGAAGGCAGCGACUCUUUGUCGAAAUGGAGCAGAUGGCCUCCAGGCCAUUCUCUCAGGUUCUGGUGGAGAUUGAAAACAAAGAGUACAAUGAGUUUUCGCCGGCCGUAGAAAAUAUCACCAGUGCUCCGAGGAAGCGAAAAAAGGAUUCGCCCAGCCCCAUCGCACUGGAGCCGUGUGAAGGCAACAGGGCGGCGGUGUUGUCGCUUCUAGUCCGGCUACCGACAGGUGAGACCUCUGGUGGCCUCCAACACUCUCCUCCUGGUCAAUCGGCAGGUCUUGCCGUAGCAAGUGCAUUAGUAACGUUAGGUAACCCACGACGACCGUCGAUAGAGCACCCGAAGGAACCUAAGACUAAGCGUAAGCAAAGCCAACAUCCCGAUAGUUGUAUAUAAGCAAACAGACAAAAGAAAGAAAGGUAAGCAAACAAACAAACAAACAAAAAAUAACAACAAAACAACAGAAGCAAGUAACUAUUAACUAAUUAUAAAUACCUAUACCAGCAAAAUAUUGUAAACGAAGAUGAUUAUCAUGCUAUAAUAAGUAGAAGGAGAGAGAAGUCGAUCCGCUGGCAGGCAGGAAGAAGUGGAGUAGAAUUAUUGAUAAAUUAUGGGAAAAUGCGCCGGUUAUCGGUUUGACGAAGGAGAAAUUUGAAUCCAAAUCGUGCAAAAAGUAAAGUUUUCUUAUUUUGAAAUAUGGAUACGAGGACUAAAUUUUACAUGAACAUUGUGAAUAAUAGGAA